GCACCCCACAAGGAUGGAAAGCAAGGGAUCCCAGGAUCCUGGCUUGCCUGGGAAGCUGGCGUGGGUGGCUGCCCCACCUACCCCACCAUGCCUGACGUAUUGUCCGCAGCUGAUGCAGGCAAGCUCAGUGAGGUACUUUGCCUUACGCAGUACCUAUGUCUUUAAAACAUGGAAGUCUCGCCAUACUGUGAAUGAAUAAAUCCACCGAUCUUCUCUGGGAUAAGAGGCAAUCUAUCCUCAAUUUCUCUACACCUGUGACAUGUGCUAGAACCAAAAAUGGGAGACUCAAGCGAUGACGACCAGAGGUCGGUCGAGGUCAUGUUCGACCCGUCCAACCCGUACCGCCGCAAGAGUUCUCUCGUCACCACCGAGACGACCAAACCACACCUCCUCCAGCGCCAUCCCAGCAAGACCCAAUGCCUCGUCCACCAAUUCCUAGAGAGCCAGCAGCCCGGCCGAGGCGCCCGGCCUGGCGGCACCCAUGACGACCACGGCCACCACCCACGGGGCUACGGCAUGGACGUGUCGAGCGAGCGCGGCCUCAACCGCGUGGUGGAGCCCAAGGGCGCGGGCGCGGGCACGGGCGCGGUCGCGGGCGCGGCACCGAGCCGGUUCGAGAUCGUCGACAACGCCAGCGACACGAGCGACGUGGGGCAGGUGGACCAGAAGCACUGGAAGCUGGGCAUCGUGAAGCCCAGCCCCGACAUGGACAAGGCCGGGUCCGAGGCGCUGCGCAGCCGGCUGCUGACCAAGAAGCAGCUGAGCGACAUGGCGUGGGGCGUGCGCGAGCUCAGCAGGCGCUUGGGGAGCAUGCGGCUCAAGUCCAGGGUCCAGAACAUAUUCGUGCUGGCCAAGAUCUACGAUCGGGACCUGAUCCCAAAGGUCAGGGAGCUCACCAAGUGGCUGCUGGGCCGGGAGAGGGACGGCCGGUAUACGGUGUACGUGCAGGAGGAGAUACGGGACGACAAUAUGUUCGACAAAGCCGGGCUGAUGGUGGAGCUGAGGAAGGAGUACGUCGAGGCCGGGGAGGAGCCCGACAAGGAGAUCUCGUCCCGCCUGAGGUGCUGGGACGAGCACAUGUGCCGAGCCAGGCCGCACACCUUCGACUUUGUCAUCACGCUCGGCGGCGACGGCACCGUGCUGUACGCCAGCUGGCUCUUCCAGCGCAUCGUCCCGCCCGUCCUCAGCUUCUCGCUCGGCAGCCUCGGGUUCCUGACAAAAUUCGACUUUGAGGACUUCCGAAAGACCCUGGCGGGCGCGUUCAAGGACGGCGUCACUGUCAGCCUGAGGCUGAGGUUCGAGGCGACCAUCAUGCGGAGCCAGAAGAGGACGAGGCUUGUCACGGACUCGGCCGGCGCGGGCGGCGGGGUCGACGGGGAGAACCUCGAUGCGAAGGGGGACCUGGUGGAGGAACUUGUCGGCGAGGAAAGGGACGACGAGCAUACCCAUCGGCCGGACGGGACAUAUGAGAUAUUGAAUGAAGUUGUGGUAGAUCGUGGCCCAAAUCCGACCAUGUCAUUCACCGAGAUCUUCGGCGACAACGAGCACAUCACAUCAGUCCUGGCAGACGGCCUCUGCGUCUCGACGCCGACGGGCUCGACGGCCUACAACCUGGCGGCGGGGGGCUCGCUGUGCCACCCGGAGAACCCGGUGAUGCUAGUGACGUCCAUCUGCGCUCACACGCUGUCCUUCCGGCCCAUCAUCCUGCCGGACACGAUGGUGCUGCGCAUCGGGGUGCCCUACGACGCGCGGACCGGCUCGUGGGCCAGCUUCGACGGCCGCGAGCGCAUGGAGCUGCACCCGGGGGACUACGUCACCAUCAGCGCCAGCCGGUACCCGUUCGCCUCGGUGCUGACGCAGGGGAAGAGGAGCGAGGACUGGGUCACCAGCAUCAGCGCCAAGCUUGGCUGGAACACAAGGCAGAGGCAAAAGGCAUUCAAGUAGUGGGGGCGGGAUGCAUGGGAAUCAGACGGAUCGAGGAUUCUGUUGCGAGGAGGGCAUAACGGAAGGGUCAAUAGGGGCGUUCGAGUUAUAACAAACACCGUUCUUUCUUUUCAAUUUUUUUUUUUUUUCAAGCCCAAGAGAAGAGACAUUCAGAGUUCUAAGUAAUCCUACCCUUAAGCAGAUCCAUCUUGAUUUACUGGCCCAGUCUCUGAUUUGUCUCUCCAGGUAAACCCAAUUCUAAUCUCAAGUAGCUUCCCAAAGUUCAGAAGACCAACCUAAGAUAACCGCCCACCUCCCCUUUAACAUAGGCAUCAUUUGGAUACAAACUACUCAAAGCAAC